UUCAGAAAGACAAAAUGAGGGAGAGUUUUGCAAAAACUGGUGACUUUUUUGCAACAUCUGGAGUUGAGAGAGUUGAAGAGUUUCAAGUUGAAAGACGCAUUCACCCCUUAAUCAAUAUGUUGUUCUGGUGUGUUGCCAUAUUAUGCCCAAUGACUUACUACAUGUUCAAGUUACUUUUCAGUGGAAAUCCGUUUUAUAUCUUAAUUGUAUCUGUAAUUUUUGGAGCAUUUAUGCUUUUACUCUACAAGACAGUGGCAACUACGAAAAUAAGCAAAGGAUCGUCGUAUGGAAAAGCGAGCACACCUUCAAAGAAGGCUGAAUAGUAACAAAGAAAAUGAUUCAAAACCAAAAUUUUCACUCACUUAGUGCCAAUUAAGUGGUAUUAUUGCUUAGGAUGAGGCAAUAUACAUGUUAGGUCUCCUAAAAAAAUCGUUAUACUUAUAGCCAAACAAGAAAAGAACGCUUAGAUUCCUUGAAACAUAGUAUGUAUAAAGGUUUUUUUUAUUGCUUAGCUCUAUUAGAAAAUUGUAUAGUAGUUAAAACAGUACCUAGUUUAUAAGUAUAAUUUUGAAACAUUUGUGUAAAAAGCUAGUCCUUUAGGAGAAUCAAGUACUUUUCCUUUAACCUUCCGAAUUUUUAAAUUUAGUAAAUAAAUGAUUCAUAACGUUUUUAAAAAUAUGUAAGUACUACAUGUGAUAUAUCUUGCUUGUAUGUUGCCACUUUUGUUAUUUCAAAAAAAUAUGUUUUAUCCUCAGAUUAAAGCAAUUUAUGAUUAUAAAGCAUACUCGGCUGAUGUUUGUAUGUAGGUGUCAUUAAAAAAAGAACAAAUAUAUAGUUUAAAGAUUUAAAUAUGUAUUUUAAUCAAAGCAAAAUAUCGUUUUAACACAAUUUAAAAACGAAAUAUUUGAACCACCAAAUGUUUAUGGAUCAUAAAGACUGCACUGAAUGGAAUAGUUUAUCACCUGUGCUUUAUUAAAGUGUUCAAAAUAUUCAAUAAUCCUUAUGUUCAUUAAAUCUUAGCAGCACCUUUAUUAAGACAUUAUUUUACUUUUAUAAUAGGCAGUGUUAAAUGUUUAAAAUACCUUGUAUGUAGUAACAAAUGCAUGUAUUUCAUAAAAUAGAACACUAUUAUUAAAUUAUUAAUUGAAUCAAAGUUCAAAUAUAGAACACAUCGUUGGUUAAUUGGCGAGAUUAGUCAAUUUUCACACUAGUAUUAAGAAGAAAAAAUGUCACAAAUCGAUUUUUAAAAAAUUGUAGGCCAGUUUAAGCAAUUAUUAUUGUGGAGUUCAAUAAAGGAAGUAUUUUGAACAA